AUGUUUGUGCUCCCCGGAAUGAAAUUGCCGCCUGAGGGCCUGCGGGUGUCGCGCAGCAGCCUGCCAACGGCAGCGUCGUCCGAUCCACCGAUGUCCCAGCUGCUGCUGUCGUACUGGGGACUUCCAUUCUACAGCGAGCUCCCAGAGGAGGGCCAGGCGCGCACGGAGAUAAUGGAGUCGUAUUUGUUGGGUUUGGCAGGCCUGUUGCAGCUGCGCAAUGCCUCUUUGAAAGAAGCCUUUGACAGGUUCGUUGCGAGUUUACUGCACGAUGAGGCAGUAGAGCGGGGAUUCAUUGAGGAGGACGCCAACCUUCUUGCGUGGAGGAGUUUUAUAGACUACACAUUUCUGGAGGCGCUGGAGCGUUUGAAGAACAGGGAACGGAGGGCACGUUUGCACAUCAUCGAUACUUACUUUUUUUUUGCCCUGAGGGCAUUAGGGCGCCUUGAGACUCUCGACCGACAGCACGUAGCAACACAGUUUUUGGACAGCCUCUUUUUAAAGCGUUGCCAGUUUUCUCCAGGGUGGAUGUGGCGGCGAGUCCCGCCUUUGCCUGACGAAGUUUAUGCCGAGUCUACAAGAGCAGCUGAACCCCCAUGGGCUAUUACCCUUUUCGCAAACGAGAGUUCAGCCCGAAAAUGUCUUGUGGAGCAAUUUUACGCGGAAUUUCGUUUUUCGAUAGAAGUAUUUGCGACUUCGGUGAAGUGGCGUGUUCACAAUAGGCAGGCACUUCAACUAGCCUCAAUGCGAGACUCCAUGCUGAAUAAGCAGGCUACUGUCAUUCAGUCCGUCUUUCGGGGGUAUCGUGAGCGGAAGCGGCAUCGACAUUGUGCAGCAGCAUGA